CCCAGCGGCCCCGGGGGCGAUGGCCGAACACGGGGCCCACCUCACCACGGCCUCGGCCGCCGCCGACCGACCCUCCAUCUUCGAGCUGGUGGCCCAGGACAACUUGAUGAGCGCCCUGAAACCGGCGCUUCAACACGUGGCCAAGGUGGCGGCCGGGCGGGACCCGGCCCGCUACGGCGUCCUGUGGCGGUGGUUCGACGAGCUGUUCGCCCUCCUGGACCUGCUGGUCCAGCGGCACUACCUGUCCACGGCCGGCGCCUCCUUCUCGGAAAACUUCUACGGGCUGAAGAGGACGGCGGACGCGGCGGGCGGAGGAAGGCCGGGCCUCCCGCCGGAGCAGCUGCGGCGGUCGCUCCUGCUCCUGGUCCUGGUCCCCUACCUCCGCGGGAAGCUGGACAAGCUGGCGUGCGGCCUCAGGGACGAGGACGACUACUCCAUCCGGCCGGCCGCCUCCCGGCGCGGCCGGCUGCGCCGGGCCUUCCUGGCGGCCUACCCCUUCGCCCACCUGGCCUGGGAGGCCUGGUUCCUCGGCCAGCGGCUGGGCUACACGCUGGGCCCGGCCGGGCGCCACUCGCCGCUGCUGGGCCUCGCCGGGGUGCGCCUCGUUCGGCUGACCCCGGACGACGUCCGGCCCGCGGAGGAGACGCCCCGCAGCGCCCGGGCCAAGCUGCAGCAGGGCCUGGCGCGGGCGGCGGGGGCCUCGCUGUCGGCGGCCGUCUUCUUCCUCCAGUUCCUGGACUGGUGGUACGCGUCGGACGGGCGGGAGGCCGCGGGGGGCCCGGCGGCGGGGCCGCCCGCCCCGCCGCCCCCCGUCCACCUGGCCCACCGGCCCGACGCCCCGCUGCUGCCCAAGCUGAGGACCGCCUGCCCGCUGUGCCACAAGGUCCGCGCCAACGCCACCGCCCUGGCCACCUCCGGCUACGUCUUCUGCUACCGCUGCGUCUACACCUACGUGCACCACCACCGGGCCUGCCCCGUCACCGGCUACGCCACCGAGGUGCAGCAUCUCGUCCGGCUCUACGCCCCGGACGGAUGAAGCGGUUAGGUGGUAGUCCGCUGGAAGUACUGUAGACGGUCGGGAUGUUUGACCCUACUCCCAACGAGGGAACUCCAGAACGCUGAACCG